UAGAGCCAGAAGAAACCCCCUCUCCAAUCAAUACAAUGACUAACCCGACAGACAAUAGUCGUGACGGCCUUCAAUGGUUAAAUGAAGGACCAAUAGCAUUAUUAAACRGAUAUAAUGAAGAAAUGUAUUCAUCAGACGAAUCAGAACCAGAAGAAACCCACUCUCCAAUUCAUACAACAACUACCCCGACAGACAAUAGUCGUGACGGCCUUCAAUGGUUAAAUGAAAAACCAAUAGCAUUAUUAAACGGAUAUAAUGAAGAAAUGUAUUCAUCAGACGAAUCAGAACCAGAAGAAACCCACUCUCUAAUUCAUACAAUGACUAACCCUAGAGCUAGUUACAUGGAUAAUGGAAACACCAAUAGAAUAGAAAACCUGGCAGUUAUUGCAAACAACAUACGAAAGAAAAGAGAAGUUGUUUCUAAGGCAUCCAGCGUUUCUAGAAGCAUAAAGAAACCUAGACUGAUGUAUGAUGUUUAAUCAUGAAUGCUCUAAUUUUCUCAAUUUAAAUAUUUUAUUUAUAGAAGUUCACUAUUAAGUAUUACUGUGAUAU